AUGGAUGAUGCAGUUAGAAAAAUUGGUGUUCAGGGAAUGGAGGGAGUCGGCAAAACAACCAUCAUGAAACACAUCAAUAAUCAACUUUUGGAUGAAACUUGUAACUUUAGUGAUGUUAUUUGGGUCACAGUAUCUGAAACAUUCGAGAUAAAAAAUCUACAAAGACAGAUAGCUAAAAAACUGAAUCUUAAUCUUUUCGAUUAUGAGGAUGAAUUAUGUUCAGCGUCAGAAAUACAUAAAAUUCUUUCCCAAAUGAAGAGGUAUGUGCUCAUUUUAGACAAUCUAUCAAAAGCAUUUCGUCUGGAUGAGGUGGGUAUUCCAGAACCAACUAGAGAUAACGGAUGUAAGCUAGUGUUAACUACACGAUUGUUAGAAGUCUGUACAAGGAUGAAUUGCAGUACUGUUGAAAUUCACGGAAGAGGAAGCACUGGAUCUGUUUAUGAAUAA